GGGAAGGGGCGGUGCUGCCCGGCCGCUCCGUGCCGGGGUCGGUGCCGGGAUCCCGACCAGCCAUGGUCGGUGCCCCUGCCCGGUACCUGGUGUUCUUUCAGUACUUUGGCACCAGGUACAGUGGGGUUAUGGAGACCAAGAGUGAUCAGGCCCUGGUUGGAGUCCAGAAUUAUUUGGAGAAGGCGGCACAGAACCUGAGGCCCAGCGUUCCCAUCAAGUUCCACAUCUCCAGCCGGACGGACUCCGGCGUCCACGCGCUGGCCAACGCCGCCCACCUGGACAUCCAGAGGGCUCCAGGGAAGGCAGCUUUCAGUGGGAAGCAACUUGUCCAGGGGCUGAACUAUCACCUCAAGCCUGAGCCCAUCUGCAUCCUCAGUGCCCAGAGAGUGCCCAGCACCUUCCACGCCCGUUUCUGUGCCCUCUCCAGGACCUACAUCUACCGGCUGCUGCUGGGCUGUGCCCACUAUUCCCAAAUCCCCGUGUUCGAGCGGGAUCUGUGCUGGGCUCCUGCAGGAGGCCCCUUGGACAUCUCUGCAAUGAGGGAGGCAGCAAAAUUCCUGCUGGGAACCCAUGACUUCAGCACCUUCCGCUCGCUCAGCUCCGAGACCCCUUUCCGGUGCCCUGUCAGGACCUUGCUCCAGCUGGAAAUCCAACCUGCUCCUGGAUUCCUGUCCCACCACAACAGGGGACUGGAGUUCUGGGAGGUGAAAUUCAAGAGCAGAUCCUUCCUUUACCGACAGGUCCGGAGGAUGGUCGGGGCUCUGGUUGCUGUGGGCCAGGGGAAGUUGUCCCCUCAGGACAUCCAGGAGCUGCUGGAGGUGAAGGAUGCCCGGGCUUUCCCCCCUCAUGCCAUGGCCCCACCCUCGGGGCUCUUCCUGAAAUCCGUGGAGUACAGCCAGGCAGAUCUGGCUGCUCCGAGUGCCCCAGCAGAAGAGGAGCUCUGUGGGCUGAGCUGAAAGGACUCUUGUGGCUGUGGGGUGGAGGUUGGCCAAGUGAUCUCAAUAAAAACCAUUGACUGUG